AUGCGUUUUGCCGCUACCAGACUUCCGCUUCUCAUCGCUGCCACAGCCUCUGUUGUCGUUGGUCAGACUUCUAAUUCAAAGACGUGCGCUGCGCAAAAUGUUGUCGACCGAUGUGUUCAAGAUAUGCAAUUCCAACUCGAGGGCUGCGAGACUUAUGACUUUGCAUGCCAAUGCACUCGCAGCACCAACGUCGUCGACUGCUACAACAACUGCCCCGACUUAAUCGCAAGCACCACCGCGCAAAGCAUCCGCCAACAAAACUGCGCCAACGCCAAAGCCUACGCCACCACCACCACAUUCGGCGCCGCACCUAGCCAGACCGCCACCGGCACAAACACACACCCCCAUAACGCAUCGGCAACAUCCAGCGGCACUCCCAGCGGCCUGGAAGAAAACAACGCUGGUGCGGACUAUAGCGAUAGUGGGAGCGAGACGGGAUCUGGAUCCGGGACUUCGGACGCUGCGCCCACGAAGACGUUGACCGGAUUACAGGGGGGGGAAUACGACGGCGGGACCGAGCCCGACGUCUGGAGCCGCGAUGAAUGCCGUGAAGAGGUCGGGGACUUGGGUAGCGUUUUUGGGGUUGGCGUUGGGGGUUAUGAU